GGCGGAGCGCGGCAGCGGGGCCCGCAGACGGAGCGAGGCGGCGGCGGCGGCGCGGCGGGGCGCGGGGCGGCAUGGCCACCACCGCGCAGUACCUGCCGCGGGGCCCCGGCGGCGGGGCCGGGGGCACCGGACCGCUCAUGCACCCGGACGCCGCGGCGGCAGCGGCGGCGGCGGCGGCGGCCGCCGAGCGGCUGCACGCGGGGGCCGCGUACCGCGAAGUGCAGAAGCUGAUGCACCACGAGUGGCUGGGCGCGGGCGCGGGCCACCCCGUGGGCCUAGCGCACCCCCAGUGGCUACCGACGGGAGGCGGCGGCGGCGGCGACUGGGCCGGCGGUCCGCACCUGGAGCACGGCAAGGCAGGAGGCGGCGGCACCGGUCGAGCCGACGACGGCGGCGGCGGCGGUUUCCACGCGCGCCUGGUGCACCAGGGGGCGGCCCACGCGGGCGCGGCGUGGGCUCAGGGCGGCGCGGCGCACCACUUGGGCCCGGCUAUGUCGCCGUCGCCGGGGGCCGGCGGGGGCCACCAGCCGCAGCCGCUCGGGCUGUACGCUCAGGCGGCCUACCCUGGGGGCGGCGGCGGCGGCCUGGCCGGGAUGCUGGCGGCGGGCGGCGGGGGCGCGGGGCCGGGCCUGCACCACGCGCUGCAUGAGGACGGCCACGAGGCGCAGCUGGAGCCGUCGCCUCCGCCGCACCUGGGCGCCCACGGACACGCACACGGACACGCACACGCCGGGGGCCUGCACGCGGCGGCGGCGGCGCACCUGCACCCGGGCGCCGGCGGCGGGGGCUCGUCGGUGGGCGAGCACUCGGACGAGGACGCGCCCAGCUCCGACGACCUGGAGCAGUUCGCCAAGCAGUUCAAGCAGCGGCGCAUCAAGCUGGGCUUCACGCAGGCCGACGUGGGGCUGGCGCUGGGCACGCUGUACGGCAACGUGUUCUCGCAGACCACCAUCUGCCGCUUCGAGGCCCUGCAGCUGAGCUUCAAGAACAUGUGCAAGCUCAAGCCGCUGCUCAACAAGUGGCUGGAGGAGACCGACUCGUCCAGCGGCAGCCCCACCAACCUGGACAAGAUCGCGGCGCAGGGCCGCAAGCGCAAGAAGCGCACGUCCAUCGAGGUGGGGGUCAAAGGCGCGCUCGAGAGCCACUUCCUCAAGUGCCCCAAGCCCUCGGCGCACGAGAUCACCGGCCUGGCCGACAGCCUGCAGCUGGAGAAGGAGGUGGUGCGCGUCUGGUUCUGCAACCGGCGGCAGAAGGAGAAGCGCAUGACCCCCGCGGCCGGCGCCGGCCACCCGCCCAUGGACGACGUGUACGCGCCCGGCGAGCUGGGCCCGGGCGGAGGCGGGGCGUCGCCCCCCUCGGCGCCCCCGCCGCCCCCGCCGGCCGCGCUGCACCACCACCACCACCACCCGCUGCCCGGCUCCGUGCAGUGACCCGCGCGGGCCCGGGCCCGGCUGGCGCGCGGCGGAGCACCGCGCGGCCUGUACUCUUUUUGUUCGGUUGCUUUGGAUUUUACAAAAAAAAAAAAAAAAAAAGAAAAAGCCCAGAAACUUUAGAACAAAACCAAACACCCGACGACCUUCUCCGGCGAGCGGCGAAGAGGACGGAUAGGCUACGGCGCCUGAACCCCGGAGAGAGAAAGGAAGACCCGGACCGCGCCAACUCGCCCGGGGCAUCCAUCCGGCCCGCCGCCUGCUCCUUGGCCCCAUUCCCUCCACGACCCCCAUCCUUGCCUCCCCUCGGGCUGUUCGGGGCCGGAUCCCGGCAGCGGCCUCCCCACAGCGACAGGUAACGCGGUUCGGGGUUAGGAAUUCCCCGGGAGAGAGGACACGGAGAGAGAAGGGCUCCCCAUCCCCUCUCCCCGGCGCGGGUCCCCGAGCCUGCGGUCGAGAGUGGGGAGCUGUCACUUUGCUCGCUCUAUGCCUCUUCUCUCCCCAAGAGGAUGCGCCCCAUUCCCCCGAUCCUUCCUCCGGGGCUUGGUGGUUUUUUUUUUUUACGGUUUUUAUUUAUUCGCGGAGCCUCUCGGCUCCUGGGGUCCUUCUAACUCCGCCCGCGCCCUUAAUUUAAAUCGCUGUAUUACUGUAUUUAUCGGGGCCCCGGAGGAGAGGCCGCGAGAGCCGCGUCUGUGUAUAAAAAAAAGAAGAAGAAAAAAAAAAAGCAGGAAAUAGCCAAAGCUUUACUCUAGCCUAAUUUAUUUUUUUUCCUCUUGCCGUCCUAGCCCUACCCCAAAAAGAGCAAAACCAACGAAAAGAAAAAAUAACACAAAAACUAACAAAAAAAAAAUUUUUUUUUGAGUGCUCAUUUUCGUUUCGUUUUAUCGGAGCUCCAACUCGGUUCCGGCCACGCCGUAGGGGUCUGCGCUCCCACCCACAACCCCGAUGGCAAGGGGCUUCUGCCCCCGCUGCAGACUGACCACCGCACCACAGGGUCCCCGCUCCCCGCGGGGCCCUGCCCUCCUGGCCACAAACAAAUGCAACUUGGAAAAGUUGGAGGUAUUUUUUAACCAGCUGUAGAAAUAAGCCGUUCCCUGAAAGCCUUCUGCCUGAGUCCCUGCAGCUUCCGUCUGCUCCUUUGCAGCCCCCUGGGAUGGGGGAGGCUGGGAGAGAAAAUUCCCCUACUUUGGGGUGAGGUGGGGAACCAUGUAAAUAUGUGAGAUAUGUACACACUGGCGGGGAGAAGAAACAUUUUUUGUGCUUGAUUUUUAUUUUUUGGUUUUUCCGGGUUGCCCUCCGUCCCCCAUCCGAAAGGAUUUUGUACACCGACUAAUCCGAAAAAGAUAUUUUAAUAUGAUUUCCAGAUUUCUGACCGUCUCUAUUUAUUUUCUGGAUGUGUCUGGAGCUUCCCCCUCCUCCAUUCCUUGUUUUUUUGUUUGUUACCGUUGGAAUUUAAAUUUUAUUUUUAUUAUUUUUUUGGAACAAUGUUUUGGUGCAUUCUCUUUGUAUCUUUAUUGCAAAAAUAAUAAUAAUAAUAACGUAGACUGGGAAGUUCCCUUUAUAUUUAUGUUAUAGUAAAUAUUUUAUUACUCACAUAAACAUGUACCCCAG